AUGGCAUUGAAAACUUCUUCUCCCUGCCACCAAGGCUUGACGCCGCCCGAUAGCCCAACGAAGGAGUCGACCAUGCCUCCAGCUACCUUGGACGAUCUAAAGCACCUCUUCAGUAUAUUUCUUGAAAAGGCGCUACUCGAUCUUACCAACCAAGAGCCUCCAAACACGCCCAUCUCCAAGGACCAGUCUCCAACAGGCCCCGACAUGGUUCGACUGAAGCAGUUGCUGGUGAAACUCACCCGCGAUGAACGUGCUUCAGUUGGAACCUUCGCGACAACUAAUCCUGCUCAAUCUGGCCUUGCCGACAAUGAACAGGAAGAGGUUGUUGUUCAGGUGGCAGAUGAAAUUGAUCUCAAUCGUCCCAUCUGUACUACUCCAGAUGAUUUCAAAUCGUUUGAGAAAUGGGCAUCGGCAUCCCGAUUCAAGACGGUUGUGGAAACCUGGGACAAAGAAGCGUGUAAAUACAAGAUCGGCGACCCGGUGGAGACCAGCAGUAGUCUGGAUGAAUACGCUGAAUAUGCAUUUGUUGUCCGCGAACGAGUUGAACGGAAUUCUGAGGAGGUGACGCCCUACAUUGACAUCAAAUCGGAAGGCCUACGUGACAUCCUGCGUGUGGUGCUGCACGACAUCAAAGCGAUUAGCCUGAUGGAGGACAAGCCAUCGAUCGAGCAAAACGUCCUUUUUCAUUUCCUCUCAGAGCUUGACAGAUGCACGGAGAACACGGACAACAGUUCCGACCACGAAUCGGCGCAGGCGGAGCUCCGCCUGCUCAUCGACCACCUCAAGCAAGCAUAUGCAGCUAUCUCGCAGCGUCUCUCGGCAAUGUUGCAGCACGGUCAUAUCACUUUUGACCUUCUUUGGGCGCUUUUCAAGCCCGGUUGUCAUGUUUAUACCACGUGCUUUGGUACAAAAGAGCCGCGAUGUGUCAUAUUCGACACGGGGGAAGACAUAACCCAAAAUGACGAGACGUGGUGGAAUCUCGAAUGCCGAUUCCUUGAUUAUGACGGAGUCAAGUUCGGCGAGGCCGGAAUCUUUCUGCGUGUGCCAAAGUUCCGGGGGUCAAAGCCGAUCGAAACCCUUGAGGCCUUCCCUCUCUGCCACCAUCCAAGGCACCAACAAGUUUGGAAAGACUUGGUCGAGAGAGGCCAAAAGUUUCGGGAUUUGGCCGGCUCGCACAUUCGGCACUGUAAAGGCAGUGCCUUUUUCAUGAACAAGGGCAAAGCUAUCAAAGUCAAGGUCAACGGUCGAGUCGCAGUAGACGCCGCAUUUUUCCAUGAAAUGCAGCCAAACUACUCCCGACCGUCUCUCCGCGACAUAGGGGUGAAAGAAAAAGACGGCAUUGCCGUCUUUGAUGUAGGAGCAAUUUUCAUGGAGGACCGUGAGCGAGAAAAGGAGAGAAUGCGAGGGGACGGUGUGGGAGCGCAAACGCUGAGCGAAGCCGAUUUGUUAAUCGCCUGUCCAACGGUUUUUUGUUUCAGCUUCAAGGAGAAAAUGUUCUUGGAGUGCGCAGUUAGUGCUCUUAGGGACGUGAUCUGGUCACCUGAAUCGUUUGACUGCCUGCAAAUUCCGCCAGAGAACAAGACACUCCUCUUAUCAAUGGCAAAAACCCGCUUGGGUCUGAUACCGACAGUACCCUUUGACGACGUAAUUGAUGGAAAAGGUCAAGGACUCACCAUCCUUCUGGAUGGCCCACCCGGUGUCGGAAAGACAUUCACGGUUGAAGCAACCUCGGAAUAUUUCAGGCGGCCUCUCUAUUCGAUAUCCGCAGGCGAGCUCGUUGUCGACCACGGAGAUUCCAAUGCGCUUGAGCAACAACUUGAAACUGUAUUCAAGAUCGCUAAACACUUCAAAGCCGUGCUCCUCUUGGAUGAGGCAGAUGCGUUCAUGGAGCAGCGGACAUCGUACCACGACACUCACAACCGCCUGGUGACCGUGUUUCUCCGAAAACUGGAAUAUUAUCGAGGGAUCCUAUUCCUGACUUCGAAUCGGGGUAUUCAGUUUGAUGAUGCAAUCCUUAGUCGGAUCCAUUUAAUCAUCAAGUAUAAAGACUUGAGCAGAGAAUUUCGCAGGAGUCUCUGGUCAACCUUUCUGACCAGGGCACGUACAGUCCAAGGACCUGCCAUGAUCGAGGAGCACGACCUCCGACGACUGGAGUCUUUAGAUCUCAAUGGACGAGAGAUCAAAAACAUCGCAGCAAUUGCACAUGCUCUCGCCGAGGCGAAUGCCAGCCAAGUGAGCUAUCAAUACCUGGAGUUAGCCGCGGAAUCGAAUCAGAAAUUUUCGAAGGAGUUUGGCCAGGAGAGGCCUGUGGAUGGAAUGUAUGUCUAG